AUGUGAAUAACAGCCAAAUAUGCGAUGAAGUACGUUGUUUUUUCAAUUUUUAUUCCAGUCACACAGAAUGAAGUUACUAUCUAAGGAAGGAACUGAGUAGUUGAGUUGAGUUGACGUGUACAGAGGAAUCGCACGUCAACGAGGAUAAAAAUACCAAGGCGGAGUGCAUUGGCAUUGCAAGGCUAGUACAUCGGCGACUUGCGGAGUGAGAUGGCGGCAUUGUCUCUUAACAACGGGCAACAUAUCCCUACAGUCGGGCUAGGCACUUGGCAGGCUCCUUUAGACGAAGUGGUUGCCACUGUUAAGUUUGCCAUAGAUGCCGGCUACAGGCACAUAGACACGGCCCUUGUAUACGGCACUGAGCCUGGAGUGGGGCAAGCUGUCAGGGAGAAGGUGCAAGAAGGAGCAGUCCACAGAGAGGAUAUUUUCAUAACCACAAAGCUGUGGAACACUCACCAUUCUGUGGAAGAUGUUGUACCAGCUUGCAAAACUUCACUUGAGAAUUUAGGGCUUGAAUACAUUGAUCUGUAUCUUGUCCACUGGCCAUUCGGCUUCAAGACAAAGGAACCUCUACGAGUGCCGCAGCAGUUCGACUCUUUCGACCAGACCAGUAUAGAGGAUACUUGGCGCCAAAUGGAGAAAUGUGUGGAGUUAGGGCUAGUCAAGAGCAUAGGACUGUCGAAUUUCAACAAAGCACAAAUCCAGAGGGUUCUGGACAUUGCUACGGUCAAGCCCGUGGUUAACCAGAUUGAAUGCCACAUGAUGUUGAACCAAAAGCCUCUGAUAGAGUUCUGCAAAAGCGUAGACAUUGUGGUGGAGGCCUAUUCUCCCUUUGGGUCACCCUCGCGCCCCAAUGCACCCUCGGACGCCACCAAUAUCUUUCAAGACGGUAGACUUCUGCAAAUAGCUGCCAAAUACUCAAAGACCAGUGCCCAGAUUAUUUUACGCUACCUGAUUCAGCUCGGCGUGGUGGUUCUGCCCAAAUCAGUGACCCCUGAACGCAUCAAGCAGAACCUGCAAGUGUUUGACUUUCAGCUCUCAUCUGAGGACAUGAGUGUCCUUGCCUCCCUGGACUGUGGGAUGAGACUAUUCACCUAUCUCGUGGCAAAGGAUCAUCCUGACUACCCUUUUGUGGGAGAAUCGGUGGAAAAUAUGAAGUUUGACUCGGACCCUUGCAGUGCAGGUCUUCUAGACACCAUAAAGAAGUGAAGAUUUUCCACAGUAGAUCAAAUACAUUAGAAGAGUUACAUUAUCUUCACAAGUCUGAGAAGAACACACGAAACUGUAUUGUUUAUAACUAUUAAAUUGGAUAAUUUAUGUUGGUGACUACUAACUUAAAAUGUAAAAUAUAGGUCUAAUUGGACUUAUCUUGUAUAUAUACAUACAUAAUCAUCAUAUUAGUCUAGUUUACUAUUAUUGUACUCGAAGAAUUUCACAAAUAACCUAUGCUUUGUUCAAUAUUAAGUGUUUCUAAUGCAACUACAGUAAGCAGUAAAUAAAUUAAAAUUACUAAAAAAGCAACCAAUUUUUGGAAAACAAAAAAAUUUAAUAUAGAGAUAUAACCAAAAAGUGUGAAAAAACUUUACUUUUAAUAAUACAUUUUUGCAUCUUUAUAAUUCAUUUUAGACAAGUUUGUCAAAAACCAAUUCAUAGUACUUUAUUGAUGGAUUGACUAAUCAGUACAAUCCGCCCAAUCAAAACAUCAAAUUUUAGCCCGAAAGUACAUUGAACAAUUUGGAACAUCUGAUACGAAGACGUUAAGAAAUACAUUUUUUAAGAGAUGAUAUAAUCUAGAAAUAAAAUUAAAAUAUAAAACUUUAACAACUAGUAGACAAUUUAAAAUUUAAAUGCUAAACAAAUUUACACCAUUUUGAAUGUGUCUAUUUGAUAAUAAUCUUUAAUAGUAAUUUAUUUAAAGUUUAUUAACCAUUGUAGAAACCUUUACUACAGUGUAUUAGUAUGACUAUGUUAAAAAUAUUGAGUUCUAAUCCUGUAUAACUUGAUAUUAAUAAUUAUUGUGAAUGAUCGUAUUGUAAUACUAUUUCAUUUAGAAUCAAAUAUUUAAGCAUUGAAAUAUUGAGUUCUGGAAUUUUGAUUUUCUGAACAUAUGAAAAGGAGUGAAAUAAAACUAAAAAUAUGUAACCAAAGUGGAUAAAUUAAUAAAUAACACAAUGAGUCAGCCUUUAAUAAUAUAUACAGGUUGGUAUACUUUCAGUGCCGCUUAUGAAUUAAAAACAUUGAAGCUCUGUAUUUUACCUUGCCCUUGGAAACAAAAUGUUUCUUAAUUAA